ACACAAAAAUAAAAAGCAGCGAUGGGUCCGGGUGAAAAUGUCAUUGUCAAAAUGGCGGACGUCGGCUGAAACCGCACACGACCAUCACAAACUUUCCUGCAAUAUUGACGCCUUAUCCAUUGGACAAGGCGGCGUUUACAUAUGUAAAGUUGAUUCCACUUGAGAGUUGUGAUGAUCAGGAAAGCAUGAUGUCAUCCAACAUGCCAAUGAAGUUGAAAUGGAUGGAGCAUCUGAACGCUACCUGGGUGACAGAAGACUGGGGCCAGGUAGCAAACAGAGAUGGUGCUUUGGAGUUAUACGACCGCCUGGUCACCAACAAGGAGGUGAUCAGCACCCCGCGCCAGACGUUGCACCUUCAAGGACCCCAGUUACCGGAUUAUGAACGGGAGUCGCCGUCGCGGGAAGAGCAGGAGCAUUUCUUGGAGGCCUUGCUGUCUAACCAGCUUAGCCUGGCUCGCACGGUGUGUUCCGAGUCGCCCUUCGCGUCGGCGCUCCAGAAGCGGCUGGCUGUGCUGCGGCGCAUCUUCCACGCCAUCUCCAGUAAGUUCCACGACAAGGAGAAGGUCAAGCAGCAGCUGCGGCUGCAGCAGGCCCACGCUGGCGCGGCCGACGAGAAGACUGCUCUGAAACCCGUCACCUUCGGCACGGAUGCGCUUGUUGAGAUGGGGGUCCGGACGGGACUCAGCCUGCUCUUUGCCCUCCUCCGGCAGAGCUGGAUGCAAGCCCAGCCCCCCGGCAACCCCAGCAUUUGCAACGAUGUCCUCCAGACGGCCAUGGACGUGUUGAACUCUCUGCCUCCGUUAUCCUUGGCCAACGAGAGUAAGAUCCCAUCUCUGGGCACCGAGUGUCUGAAACAGGUCACCAUGUUCCUCAAGUCCGCCACCAUGCCCAACUCGGGCGCAGAUGCUUGCGGCAAGCAGCUAGCCUGCCAGCUCGUGAUAGGACUGGCAGCCCAGCGCGGGUCACUGCAGCAUCUCUUGGACUGGGUUGAGAUGGCUCUUGGGUCUUCCGCGGCAGUGAGCAGCGGUGCUUCCCACGUGCGCGAACAAAGCGACAGACCCAAAUUUCGAGUGAUCGCCUAUGAUUUCUUCACCAACGUGCUUGGCCAGAUGCGCAGAGCCACAGGGUCGUCAGCAGACAGAGGCUCUGUCUUGUCGGAGUUGAAGCAAGAGGAUGGUCAGUGCCCGCUCUACCAAGCUGCGCUGUGUCUCAUUGAAGAGGUGUCCCGCCUGGCCAUGGAGUACGCUCGUACCUGCGUCUGUCCUAGCGAGAGGAAAAACAGCAGUCUGAGUGUGUCGGAGAACAGCGAGGUCUACGUGUGGGGCAGUAACAGCAGCCAUCAGCUAGCCGAGGGUAGCCAAGAGAAGAUACUCCAGCCUAAAAUAGCCGGACUCUUUGCACAGAGCCAACAGGUGGAAGCAGGCCAGUACUGCACGUUUGUCAUCUCUGCUGACGGUGCCGUCAGGGCCUGCGGGAAAGGCAGCUAUGGCAGGCUAGGCCUGGGUGAUUCCAACAACCAAACACAGCUCAAGAAACUCAACUUUGAAAGCCAUGUCAUCGCAAAGAUAUCCUCAUCAAAGGGUUCCGACGGCCACACCCUCGCCCUGACAUCCGAGGGUCAGAUCUUCAGCUGGGGCGACGGCGACUACGGUAAGCUGGGCCACGGCAACACAUCCACGCAGAAGUACCCCAAGCUGGUACCCGGCAUCCUGUCCAGCAAGGUGGUGGUGUGCGUGUCUGCCGGGUACCGGCACAGCGCCUGCGUCACGGAGGACGGACAGCUGUACACGUGGGGAGAAGGGGAUUACGGGAGACUAGGACAUGGAGACAGUAACAGUAGAAACAUACCGACCUUGGUGAAGGACAUCAGUAACAUUGGCCAGGUAGUCUGUGGCAGCUCACAUACUAUAGCCAUAUCGCAGGACGGACGGACAGUCUGGUCAUUCGGAGGCGGCGAUAACGGCAAACUUGGUCACGGCGACACCAACCGAGUGUACAAGCCCAAGAUGAUCGAAGCCCUGAUUGGUCUAGUCAUACGCAAGAUAGCCUGCGGCAGCCAAUCAUCUCUCGCCCUCACGUCCACCGGACAGGUCUUUGCGUGGGGUCACGGUGCUUGUCUAGGGUGCGGCUCCGCCGAGACCACAGCCCUUCGCCCAAAGCUAGUAGAUGAUCUGCAGACCACACGUAUCGUCGACAUAGCAUGCGGGGACAGCCAUUGUAUGACCCUCAGUCACGACAAUGAGGUCUACGCGUGGGGCAACAAUGCCAUGGGUCAGUGUGGGCAGGGUCACACCACCAGCCCCGUCCUGAGACCCAAGAAGGUCCUUGGUCUGGAAGGGGUCACUGUCCACCAAAUAUCGGCUGGGACAUCUCACAGUAUCGCCUGGACUGCCCUGCCAACCGACAGGCAAGUGGUAGCCUGGCACCGUCCAUUCUGCGUGGAUCUACAGGAAGGCACGUUCUCCUACCUGCGCUCCUUCCUGGAGCAUUACUGCGACGGCUUCGAUCACCCGAAUCCACCAGCGCCUUUUCCGACUGUGAGGGAGCACCAACACUUCGUGUUACUCUGCCUGAAACUGCUCUGCACCCAUCUCCAGUUGGCCCUGGCAGGGGGACUGUCCAGCAGCAUCCUAGGGAGCCAGGCCAGGCCCCUCAGGCACCUGCUCUUUCGUCUCAUGGACUCCAAGACUCCAACUUCGGUUCAGAAGGCAGUGAGUGAAACGCUGUCCAUUGGUGCCCCUUUACUCCUACCACCACUGAGGGAACGUAUGGAGCUACUACAGUCACUGCUCCCACAGGGACCCGAUCGAUGGGACAGCCUCUCCAAGGGACAGAGAAUGCAGCUGGGGAUCAUCCUGACCAGCCUACAGGAGAACCUCCACGUGGCCUCCCUCCUGGGCUUCACCUCCCCCUUAGACUGGGAGCCGGAGCCCGAGCCCUCUGACCCUUCAACUCUGACCCUAGCCCCGGGUCAGGACAUGCACCUGGCGGAGGUGCUGAUGAAGACGCUGUUACGUAACCUUGGCUAUCACACCGAACAAGCCUUCGGCGAGCUAGAGAAGAACAGUGACAAGACCCAGAAGUCCAUGGCCUGUGACGAUGGAGCACCUCCAGCCCACCUCAGAGAGUUACUGUCCUCACUGCAGAAACAUCUGGUGGCUUACUGUCACAUCAAUGCUAGGGAUGAGAUUUCAGCGAGCGUCGGCCUUCUGCACAAACACCUGAACCUCUUGCUGCCCCAUGCCGUGGAGGUCCUGCAGAGAUCUGUCAAGCUUCUCCAGCAGAGUGGUGGGAUGGCUGCCCAGGUGGUCCGUAACAAGCUCAGGGAUGUCUUGUACACCUCAGCAGCCGGAGCCAUGCUGUCGCAGCUUCUGCACUCCCUGCUGCUGCUUCCAGUCAGUGUGUCGCGCCCCCUCAUGCUGUGCUUGCUGGCCCUCCUCCCUGAGCUGGACCAGCUCAACCGACUGCUACCCGCAGCGGCCCUACUGGAUGAACAUGAACUGGAGUGGCCACUGCACGGAGCCCCAGGCAGUGUUGAGCCGGCUGCUUUGCCCCUCCCCCAGCCAGCCAAGGGGUGGGUGUGGCUGGUAGACUUGGAGCGCUGCUGUGCCUUGGUGGUCGGCCGUUGCCUGGCCGGCAUGCUAGCCUGGGUGCCAAUCUCCAAAGAAGAGAGCGAGACUAGCGGCUGGAUGGUGUCAAGGCUACUGAGUAACGGUCUGGAGACCAACAUCAAAAAUCUGGUGAAACUUGUCAGCAAGGUUUCCGAAGCGGCCAUAUCCGGUGAUGAUGACUACGACCUGUCUGACUUCAAGAUGACCCCUGACCUGGCGACCUUACUUGACCUGGCCACAGGCAGGGGCAGGGAACCGGCGCUGUCCAUAUGGAACAGCAUGCAGGACUAUGCACGUAAUAAGGAUUGGGACACCAGUGAAGAAGUACAGGAGGAGUUAUUAGACCGUGUGUCGCGGUGUCUGUUAGCCUGUCUGCUCAAGCAUUGUAACCUGUUGUCUGUAGCUGCACACAAGCAAGGGUCUGGGACCAAGCACUGGCGAGCCAUCGUGGAGGUCUACCACAGCGUCUACAAAGUCCGGCGAAAACUGGUGGCGGUGCGUAUCAUGCAAGGUCAGAGGUCAACCACGGCGGCAGAGGCCCGAGCUAUGCCAGGCCCGUCCACGUCCGAGGUCAGGGGUCAGACAGAGGCCAUGGAUCAAGACGAGGAGAGGGGACACAGGGGGUCCAGGAGUAAGAAAGUGUUCCCUCGAGUAGCCAUAGAAGAACCCUCAGACGUGGACCAAUCGGAGAGCGAAGGGGAUGGUGAGAGCGCCCCCACACCUCCCCCGGACAAGAAGACCAAGGAGCGCGAGCAGUACAGCUUCUCGGAGACCUGUAAGUCCAUGAUCGCGCGCUGCAUGUUCCUGCUGCUUGGUGUCAGCGCGGCCAUCCCAUCUAACGAGGACAGAGACGAGAAAUCUCUCCCCAUUGCCGAGCUCAAGGAGAACAGUUCUGAAACCUCUCCAGCAUUAUCAAUGAGCCAUUCUUUGAGUGAGCCGGACCUGGGGCAGACAGAUGAAGUACAAGCUUUGCCAUCCAGCAACAGGGAGUCCAUGCGAAGUCUGAAAUCCUCCCGCAGUGAGCCUCUACCUGACCUCCAAGUGGAUGCUAAUCUGGACUCCUUAGAAGUGGUGCGAGCCACCUGGAGACGUCUACAUUGGAGACAGGACCAGAAUGGCUCCCUCAUGUCUGUCCAGUCAACGGACCAACAGGGACAUGGCUUUCUAGGUUCAGUGAAGCACAUCAGCAGUGACAUCAUAGGCUUUGCCUGCGGGGAGAUGCUGACUGACACCCACCAGCCCUCCACAGAUGAGGAGCAGUACUUAUACUGCACUGAGCCAGCCGCCAUCACUCUGGCUAUGGAACACCAGCAGUGUAGAGCUGAGACCAGACUGGAUGCACUCAACCAAAUCCUGUCCCUCCUGAACGGCCACGAGGGGGACGAGACGAAAAAACUGACCACCCUGGACAUCUUUGGCCACGCGGUGGCGCCCUUUAGCUCCAUGUCGUUGCUGGCGUCCGUCCACCUGCAAUUUCUGAUGGGGACGUUUGGCCUGAGCUGCCUGGACCCUAGUCUGAAUGGGGAGGGUCGACCGCCCGCACAGCUGCAUCAUUACAGGGAUGGUAUCCGAGCAGCCAAUAAGACCACGCAGCUGGAGAUCCAGACAGUGGCCCAUGAGAUUUAUGACCAUCUUGUCACCACGCUAGCUGGCAACGUAGAGGAGCCUAAGGCCUGUAAAGGUGCCUGGCACCGACUGCUACUGGUUACCAUCUUUGCCCUGAGUGUCAAGUACCAGCCGCCAGAUGUCCUGUUAGCCGUCUCCAGCGGUAUCCUCCCCUUACUGGCCAGGCUGUGUGGGGAGGGCAGCCAGGCGGUCCUAGCUAGGCCUGUCCAGCCCAUGCUGACCGGUAGUAUCCCCUCCAUGCACUGCGUGCUGCAGGUGGCUAGCAUGAGGCUGCUGCAGAUACUGGCCAUAACUACAAGCACCCACGCUGACCAGCUAAGCGAGUCGGUCAUCCAAGCCCUGGUCAGUCUUCUACAUGAGCAGCUCUGCAGUCUCUUCUCCAUGGCCUCGGGGGAGAGUGAAUGGAAGACCUUGGCCGACACGACCCCCAGGGGCAAGACCCAAGGCAAAGGGGCAGGUGGCAAAGAGAAGAAGACGAGCGCUACGGGGCACCAACCAGGCAAGCAGCGUAAGGGGAGACAUUCUCGCCACUUGGUGCAAACAGCCCUGGGCGACUUCCUGGUGUUCCUGCGCCGUGUCGCCCUCAGUAGGCCAGUCUGUGGGAACAUGGCCUCGUCUGAUUGGACAUCGGUACUGCUCGCUAUUGCAGGACACCAGCCAAGCACAGGUUUACCGAGGAUUGAAAACAUCCGCACCAGGCUACUCUCGCUGCAUCUGUUGGAGGCUGUCCUUCCUGCAUGCCCUAUGGAAACUCAGGAGGGGCACCAGUAUCAGGUGGUACAGCAACUUCUGAAUAACCUUUCAGAGUGCAUGUGGCGCGCCCCGCAGGCCCUGGCUCGCCACCGAUCCCACCAGAAGCCUGCCCCUGACCCUGGCACCGUGCCCCCCAUGGUGAACCCCGGCAAUGACAACGCCAACGCCAGGCGACCAUCGUCCUCGGUCUCGGAGAGUGGGGACGAUGGCGAUGACAGUGACAGUGACGAUGACAUCGCGUUGCAGGACACCGUCUUUGACGCGGAGAAGGCGGUGUGUUGCAGCGUGGAGGGAGGCCACACCCUAGUCCACGGCUCCGGUGGGCGGGGCUACGGCCUGGGGGCCACGGGAAUCACCGCCGGCUGCUACCAGUGGAAGUUUCACAUUGUCAAAGAAAACAAGGGUAACGAGGGCACGUGCGUUGGAGUCUCCCGGUACCCCGUCCGCGACUUCAGCCACCGGACCACCUCGGACAUGUGGCUGUACCGGGCCUACAGCGGCAACCUGUACCACAACGGGGAGCACUCACUGACGCUGCCUGGCUUCACCCAGGGGGACUGCAUCACCUGCGUGCUGGACAUGGAGGCGCGCACGCUGUCGUUUGGCAAGAACGGGGAGGAGCCCAGGCUAGCUUUUGAUGAUGUCGAAGCGACGGAGCUGUAUCCAGUGGUCAUGUUCUACAGCAGUAACCCUGGGGAGAAGGUAAAAAUAGGUGAGAUGCAGGUUCGAGGAGCGCCGCGAGACCUGCAGCCGGGGGAACCCCUGUGCGCACCCACCUCUUCCGUCCUGGCUGAGGCUCACGUGAUGCUACUCAGAUCCCUCCAUCGCGAGACGUCCUGGAGAGACACCAUCAACCAUGGCAUCCAGGCAAGGCUGGGGCAGAUACAGAAACUCCACCAGUCUGCGCUGGGAUCUGCCUGCCCAGAGUGCGACGGGAGCACUCCCGCUGAAAGCAAGUCCAAGAAGUCACACGCCGAUCAGAAAUCGGAGACGACAGGUGGGAAGUCGGUGCCCAGGAAAGCGGAAAGUGAUGAUGUUAAGCCGAGCGACAAGAAGGUUGACAGGGAUGGCGAGCCCCUGAAGAGGGAGAGUGUGUCGGAUUCAGAGCUCGCCAAAACAAAAUCGGACGAGGCUGAAAAGAAACCGGACGGUUCAAAGGAAAAGGAGAAAACCCCAGACCGCGGGAAGAGUGAAAGCAGAGGGGAUGAGCCGGUGAAAAGUGACAAGAAAGUUCUUGAUGGGAGUGACAAGGGAGAAGACAAGUCAACAAAGAAAAAAGAUGGAGACUCCAAGGCUGAGAAGAAGGCCCAAGAAAAGAAGGAUGGUGGUGAGGACAAGAAGGCAGGGAAGAAGGAGGAACUUGUGGAUGAUAAAGAAAAAGAUUCGGACUCUACAGACUGGAUGCAGUUGUGUAACUCAGUUCUACCAGUCCUGGCAGUCAUCGGAGGCAUCGAUAGGGGCUUGAGAAUCGGCGGCCGCUGCGUGCAUAAACAGACAUGCAGAGAGGCCACCCUACUGGGCAUGCUCAAAGAGGGCGGGACCUCAGCCAAGGUGCAGUGGGAGGAUGCAGACUCUACUAUCAGCGACUGUGCUAUAUCUAAUCUGGAGCCUUUAGAGCCGGUGGGGUUCGAACCAGCUCAUCUGAAGGGCAUCAACUCAACCAUGCUGAGUGACCUGGCCCUGCUGUCUGGAAUCGCUGACGAGAAUGCCCAGAGAGAUGCGGCCAAAGCAGACCAGCCUCCAAAGCAUGUCGGCGAGGCACAGACUGGAGCUGGGAAAGAGAAGCAAGAGAGGGAGAAGAAGGAAGGCGAUGUCGCCAAGACUGAUGCCUUUGAGAGGUCCCUGGAUGCAGAAAUUGCCAGGGCGAUGAAAGAGGAAGAGGAGGAGGCGACCGGAGAAUCUCAAGUCUCUGCCCAAGUCAGAGAGUCCGAUUCCAGCGUUGAGGGGACAGACGUGGACAGCCUUGCAUCUCUGAAAGACAGAAAGCCUGUGACUGCUACAAAAUUAUCAACUCUGCAACUGCAUCUGGAAUCACCAGAUUCCAAACCAAACCAAGGUGCUGCUGCUUCAGGUAGAGAAGGCCAAGCUGUCUCGGCAUCCAUCACCAAGAAGAUGGUAGAGGAGGUCUUGGAUAGCAUCUCCCAGGGACUAGAAGAUCCCGGACCGAGGAGGUCGUCCCUGUUAAAUCAGACCCCAGAGCCUUGCAUCGGGGAGGAGAUGGAAGGCACAUCAACUGACUCUAGCUGCCGGGGUUCCCCUAUCCUCAGCCCCACAGAUGCUAAUCUGUCCGACACCAGCACUCUCUCCGUCCCCGCUGAGACGCCUAAGGUGGAGCAGCAGCAUCCCAUCCCUGCUACCAGGGACACCGCUGCCGCUCCGAAACCGGGACUAAAACUGGAUGACCUGGCUAGGCAGACGGACGCUGAGAUGAAAAGCAUUAUGCUGGCUCACCUGCAAGUCGGUGCCCUGAAGGCCCUGAGCGUCCUGAUGGGCUGCAGCAAGUACAUCGAGAUGCUGCUGGUCCCAAAAACCCCAACGACAGAAAAGCCAGAGAAGGAGGCUCCACCUGGUGGUAAGCAGCGGAAGGGUAGCUCAGGCAGCGACAAGGACCAGGCGGAACAGGCAAGAGCUAAGGAGGAGUUGGAAGGCCUACGGGUAGCCAUGCGUACCAUCAUGAGGCAGCUUGUGAAGCGAGCUGUCAUGCCAUCUCCAAUCAGACGUGUGGUAUGCAUGACAGAGCUCGAGAGGGCGCAUGCUAUGCUGAUCAAGCUCACAGCUCAGGCUCCCUACACAGAUGGUAAAACCACUACAUCUAAACUAGAAAUGCUAGCCAGCCAAGGCCGCCGUCUGGACCGGGACACGGUCACGGCAGCCGCAGCCCAAACUGAUGGCCAGGACCGCCAGAGUUCCUCCUCCUCUACCACUGUCUCGGCCCCGCCCACCCCCUCUUGCUCCCUCCCGUCUCGUAAUCGUCUGAGGGGAGUCGGGAUGAGGAUGCUGUUCUCCCGCAGUUCGCAGAGGGGGACAAAUGCCGCUGCCAUCUCACCUCCAAGCUCACCACCCCAUUCUCCCCACUCACCCGAGGAAGACGCCCAUAGUGAAGCUUCACAGUCCCGCCCGCCCCCGUCCCCGCCCAUUGCAGCUCAGCUCCUGGAAAUGGGCUUCAGUAUGCAUCAUGUGCUGAAAGCAAUGGCGGCAACAAACACCCGUGGGGACCUGGACGCCCAGCGCAUCAACAUCCUAGCGACUUGGAUGUUAGAGCACCCGUGUCUGGAUGAGGAAGAUGACCCUUCACCCCUACAGCAGCAACAGCAGCAGCCAUCGCAGGGUGCUGCAGAGCAGACCAGCAGCAGGCAGCAGUCGGCAGCUGCACUUAACAGGCCGUCCAGACCUACCGAUUCUGACAGCCCGGCGGGACGAUAUGACGAAUAUGAAGAUUCCAGCUACCCAGAGACAGAAGAUGUCACCCGACGUCUCAGGCGGACGCCGUCCGUGGAACGUCCCCCGUCCAGAUUGGAGCGUUACCGGGCUGUGGCGGACCUGUCCACCCUUGCCAACGCCAUGGCUCGCAACAUGGACAGAACACCCUAUGUCCACCCAGAUGGCUUGUUUGGUGAAUCGGACAGGCAGGACCUGAGGUACGAAGUCCCGCAAGACGACAUCGUCUUUGAAGAUGACGACAUGGACUUGGACGAAGAGGAGGAAGAUACGCUGGUUACCGACAAUGCAGGGGACCGGGAGCUCUUGGGUCUAUGGUACCCUGAGCUAAGCCGUGAGCUGGAGGAGAGCGAGAGCCAGGUGACCUGUGACCUUUGCGGCCUGACCACCACCCAGUUCAACCGCCACAUGCGGCUUCAGCACCCAGGCUGCCGGCAAAGCUGUGGUCACAUGGGUUACCGUAGCAAUGGGGCUUACGUCGGGGGCUGGUUCGGCGGGGCCUGUGGCACCGGUAACCCCUACUAUCUCAUGUGCAGCGACUGCAGGGAGAAGUACCAGUCAGGGAGCCGGGGACUGGUCAGCAUGUCGUCAGACUUCAGUACGACAGCUGAGGGCCCUGUUGAUGACGAUCACGACCUGGUGACAGAGGAUGACAGCAAUCAGAUAUCAGGCCAGGAGACAUUUGAUCAGAUCAUGGGUCGGCUGGGACUGACUGAGAACCGAUCCAUCCCUGAGCCGGUCCAGUUCCCUGAGCCUGACCCCCUCGGUGCAAGGAGUGCCUCAGCAGGCGUCAGUAGGAGUACUGGAGGUACCUACAGUCUCGAUGGGAGCAGCCACCGCGAUUCGUGCUUCAUGAAUCGGAUGAGCCUAGGGGAGCAGGUCGCGCUGCUGUCCACCGCCCAUGAGAGGGCAGUCGCCCUGAGAAAGACCACCGCGGCUGCCCAAGUCCUGCUAGCUCGCUCCAUGGUCAUGAGGGCGCUCUCGCUCUUAUCUGUCAGCGGUUCGGCCUGCAAUCUCUCCGAGGGUCUGGAGCAACUAGGACUCUCAGACAUCAGGCUUGUAGUCCGGCUGAUGUGCCUUGCUGCAGCGGGCAGGACGGACUUUGCAGCCACCACCAACCACCCCACGGCGGUAUACGGUAGUCAGGUCCCACUAGAGUCAGCGUCCACUGGUACGGUGGCUAUGUCAUCCAGUCUAGCCUACCUGAGUUCAGCCAUCGGAUCCCUGGCAGCGUGUAACCCCAGCGCGGCUAAGAUGCUAGUACAACUCUGCACUAAGGACCUGCUCUCAGCUGCAUGCGGCCUCAACGUAGCGGCCAUUGAUACCCGCCGGGCACCCACCGCUACCAGGGAGGACCCCGGCUCGUCCGAUCAGCGAGCCCUCUCCUCACCAAGCUUUGCUGUCACCCAAGCCUUGGUCUCGCUACUCGCCGAGGGACCCAAGGCACAGCAGAGCAACAACCAGGGCCAACAGCUGGAGACUGCCUCAGAUUCCAACCAAACCAGGAAGGACCCGACAGCUGACCCCGUGGCCCCGGCAGUGACCCGUUCAGCCCCGCUCCAGCUAGCCAAUGCCCUGGCGGCUUGCUGCCUGUCCAGCCGGCUUGCCAGUCAGCACAGGGAGUGGGCAGCCCAACAGCUGGUCAAGACGCUGUCUGGCCAGGCCCGGCCAUCGUCAAGCCCGGCGGUCAUCACAGCUGACCUACAUGGGGACAUGCCCCCGUGCCCUGUGUCACGCAUAGACGCGCACCAGGAUGUAUUGACUGGUUGUGUGUGGAGCCAGGGGAAGGCAUUACUUGCAACUAGUGGCAGCGAUGGAGUUGUGAGGCUGUGGGGUUCCCUGACUCGUUCCCAGCCCCUCCUGCAGCAAUCCUGUUCCUUCACAGAUAACGACGAGUACGGGGCCUACAUCAGUCCCAACCGACAUGGCUUACCGUUGACCAAUCUCUGCUACAACGCCAACGGGAGGGUCUUUGCCGCGUCGCUUGAACACAUGGUCAAUGUGUGGUUUGUCACGGGAGGCAGAGGCCAUCUUGAGCUUCAGCCCCAGCUGGUUACCGCCCUCGCUUGGCCAAAGUUCAAGGGCUUACUGGAGGGACGCGCAGGCACGACAACGGAGAUGCUUGUAGUGGGUCGCAUCGAUGGAACCCUGGGAUUGAUUGAGGUCCUGGACCAUUCCACUUAUCACCAGGUGGAGCUGGAGCAGUGCUACCGACAGGAGGUUGCUGUGACCUGCCUGACGUGGUACGAUGAGGAUCGGCGAUUCGCUGUAGGCUACUCAGACGGAGUUCUGGCCCUGUGCAGCCGAGAUACCUUUGAUCCAGAACCCAUCAUAACACUCAAUGCACACAAGACGGCCAUUGAUCAGCUGAGCUGGGACCCUACCGGUCAUCUUCUGGCUACUUGCUCCCAGGACCACGAGGUCAAGGUCUGGACACAAAAGUCCAACCGCUGGCUGUGCCUGUACGUCCUCCGACACGGCUGCCCGGUAUCCGCUAUCCACUGGUGCCCCUACCUGAACCAUCCUAACAGUCCAGUCCUGCUGCUUGCUACAGGAUGCAAAGAUGGAAGCGUUAGGGUUUGGAGAGUUCCCCACAGCGGUGUGGACGUGACUGUCCCGAGACUGGGCCAACGCGAGGACAGCCGUCAUCAACAAACAGUCUCACCAAAUGAGGGUCAAGGCGGGGACACCAACCAAUCAGACAGCGCCGUUGAGGUCUUCCAUGUCAGAGGUCACAGUGAGGCCGUCACUCAGCUAGCCUUCAAUCCCAGCUCAAUGCUCCUGGCCUCUGGUUGUGUCGCCGGCUGCAUCAACAUCUGGGCACUUCGCGAGAGUGCCGUCUUACAGACCCUACAGGGUGACGGUCCAGUCCAACAGCUGUGCUGGGUCAGCGACGCCGCCGGACUUACCGCCUGUUUCCAACGCUCCAAACAACUGGUCAUCUUGGGCUACAACGAGAACGCAUUCAUCAAGAACCGCGUCUACGCCGCAGCCCGCAUGGCGCUGCUGAGCCAGGGCAUUGUGGGAUUGCACCAGGCGCCGUGCCUGCGGGCGUUCCUGGAGCGCCUGCCCAAGAUACUGCAAGACCAGUACUCCUAUGAAAAGGUCCAUGUAUUGUGCGGUGACCAGCUAGUUCACAGUAGCUUCCUGCAGUGUCUAGCCUCCCUAGCCGUAGCCCUUCAUCUAGACAAGGCUCUCUUCUACCCGCCCAAGUCCCUACAGAGCCAACCCGAUACCGAUUCCCCCCACCACCAUGUGGCCACGGAGUGGACCUGGCUGGCGGCAUUCUGCACCGCCCUCAAGUCGGCCGGUGCCCUCAUGAGACGGGAGGCCCUGCCGACGGAGUUCGCCGUGCCCAACAUGGAGCCCCUGGAGGGGGGCACCGAGGGGCUGGAACUGAAGCCCUGGGAUAACAGCCAGUGGAGCCUGACUAUGGACGAGCAGAUCAUGGCCUGGGCUACCACCAGACCUGAGGAUUGGCAGCUAGGAGGCAAGUGUGACGUCUACAUGUUUGGCAGCGGUAGACACGGCCAGCUAGCUGAGACGGGUCGUGGGACCAACCUACCCACCAUCACACAGUCCUUCUCACAGGCACAGCAGGUUGUAUGUGGCCAGAAUUGCAGCUUCAUCAUCCACCGUAACGGGACAGUGUCUGCCUGCGGUGAGGGCAGCUAUGGACGGCUAGGCCAAGGCAACUCAGAUGAUCUACACUCACCAACGGUUGUCUCAGCACUUCAAGGUUUUGUGGUGAUUCAGCUAGUGACGUCUUGUGGAUCAGACGGUCACUCCAUGGCGCUGACAGAGAGUGGGGAGGUCUUCAGCUGGGGGGACGGGGACUACGGCAAGCUGGGCCACGGUAACAGCGACAGACAACGCCGGCCACGACAGAUAGAAGCACUACAGGGAGAAGAAGUCAUACAGAUGGCGUGUGGAUUCAAGCACUCUGCUGUAGUAACUUCUGACGGCAAACUUUUCACCUUCGGAAACGGUGACUAUGGCCGCCUGGGCCAUGGCAACACCUCCAACAAGAAAAUACCCGAGCGAGUCAGGGCGCUAGAUGGUGUCGCUGUCAGACAGGUUGCUUGUGGUCUGAACCAUACCAUGUGUGUGUCGGCGGAUGGCAGCACUGUAUGGGCAUUUGGUGACGGAGACUACGGUAAACUGGGCAUUGGGAGUACAGCUUCCAAGUCAUCACCGCAGAAAGUUGAGGGUCUCUCAGGGAUGAGCAUUAAGAAGGUUUGCUGCGGGACGCAGUUCUCUGUGAUCCUGACCAAGGAUGGACGGGUCUUGACAAGUGGCCAAGAUCGCUUGACGGGACUGCCCGAGAGCCGGUCUAGACUGUCCAAUCGACCCCAGCCGGUACCAGCCCUUGCGGGUCACUUCAUCGAGGAUAUCGUGGCAGGCUCAGAACACACCUUGGCACUAACGAGCUGCGGCAAUGUCUGGGUCUGGGGUAACAACAUGGACGGACAGUUGGGCUUGGGUCACACCAACACUGUCAGAGAACCUCUCCUAGUGACCAGCCUGCAAGGCAAGAACAUACGCCAGAUCUCGACAGGAAGGAGUCACUCUGCUGCCUGGACUGCUGCCCCAGUACCUGCAAGGGCACCGGGCACCCCUCAACCCCUGCAACUAGGUUUGCCCCAGAGUGUUCCAGCUCAGUACACCGCCCUGAAGGAAUGCAGUACAUCCUCCAUCAGAUCACGGCUGCGCCUCCUGCAUCACUUCUCAGACCUCAUCUACGCGUCUUGGCGGCUGCUCAACCUUAGCCCCACCCAGGUGAGAACAAUCAAAGGAAGACGGGUUCUUUUUUUUUCUUCUCCUUUUCACAGGGGCAUGACAGGACUGACCGACGGCCCUCUCCGGCCACUACUAGCCUCUAGGGUCUACACACUGCCUAUGGUGCGGUCCAUCGGCCGGACGAUGGUCCAGGGGAAGAACUACGGCCCUCAGGUCACGGUCAAGCGACUGGCAACGAGGGGGCGCAAGUGCAAGCCCAUCUUCAGCCAGAUAGCAAAGCAGGUGGUCCGCAUGAAGCCAGGGGAUCUCCGGCUCCCGGCUCGGGCCUGGAAGGUCAAGCUGGUAGGGGAGGGGGCCGAUGAUGCCGGGGGCGUGUUUGAUGAUACCAUCACUGAAAUGUGUCAGGAGUUGGAGACGGGCGUGGUCCCGUUGCUGAUUGCCACGCCCAACGCUGCAGCCGAUGCGGGCAGCAAUCGUGACAGGUUCCUGCUGAACCCAUGCAUGUGUACAGAGGAGCACCUCCUACUCUUCAAGUUCCUAGGUGUCCUCCUUGGGGUAGCAGUCCGCACCAAGAAGCCCCUAGAUCUCCACCUGGCUCCCAUGGUCUGGAAGCAGCUGGCCGGGAUGCCACUGACUGUCGAGGAUCUGGAAGAGAUGGAUUUUCUGUACGUCCAAACGCUGCGUAAUAUACGAGACAUCGACAAGAGUGGCGUAACCGAAGAUAACUUCCAUGAGGUGAUUCCCCUGGAGUGGUUUGAGGGCCAGAGUGCAGACGGCAGGUUUGUUCCAGUGGUUCCUGGUGGACGCAGUAUCCCACUGACAUACAACAACAGAAGAGAGUACGUUGAAAGGGCCCUGGCUUAUAGACUGCAUGAGAUGGACAGACAGGUUGCUGCUGUACGUGAGGGUAUGUCAUGGAUCAUCCCUGUCCCACUCCUAUCCCUACUAACGGCCUCUCACCUGGAACAGAUGGUCUGCGGUAUGCCGGACAUCGACGUGGAUAUCCUACAGAGAGUCGUCAGGUACCGGGAGGUUGAUGAGACCCACCAGCUUGUCCAGUGGCUGUGGCAGACACUGAGAGAGUUUAGCAAUGAAGAGCGGGUUCUCUUCAUGCGCUUUGUGUCAGGCCGGUCCCGCCUGCCUACAAACAUCGCCGACAUCUCCCAGCGAUUCCAAAUCAUGAGGGUGGAGAGGACAGUCGAUGGGUUACCGACGGCGCAGACCUGCUUCUUUCAGCUGCGCAUUCCGCCCUACUCCAGCCAACCACUGAUGGCCGAGCGCCUACGCUACGCUAUCUACAACUGCCGUUCCAUCGACAUGGAUAACUACAUGCUGCCGCGGAACACCGACACAGGGAAUCUGUCUGACAGCGAGUAUACUUGAGAGACAAGAACCUUGAAGAAACAACGAGCAGCUUUAACCCAUUAUCACCUGUACUACAUUGUAUUACAUUGUGUUUAUUCACUGAAGAACCCAUAAGUGCUCGGGCAGUUUUGGGCGCUACAGUGAGUAAUGGGAAGGGCGGUAUAUGGGCGGUACAGUGACUGAAGCGUUAAAAGAGAUAUGUGAAAGCAGUAUCAAUUUUUCAUAAAGUGCUUUAUAAUAACCAUGCUGAAAUGUAAAAGUGCGAUUCCCUGGAAUAUAUAAACCCCAAUACCAAAACAAUGUUCAACGGUGUAGCUCUUACUUGUAACUAAAAAAGUAAUUCGUUCGUUCGUGCGUGUGGUGGCCAACUUGUUCAAUAUUGGUGCUUUAAACGAGCAAACUGGAAGACAGCCAGUCUGCCGUGUCAUCAUCUAGAUGUAUGAUGCCUUCGAAACCAUGGGGAGCCUGGUAGAUGUUGCAGUUUAAGACGAAUUGCUCGAUGGUUUGUGCUUCGCUGCACUCACAGGUGUCGGAUGGCUCAGCUCCUAUUUUGUACAGGAAAUGCUUGAUACGGCCAACACCUGAGUGUAUUCUGUAGAGAUUAACCCAUGACUUGAUGAAUAAGUACCAAAAAAAUUCAAUGUGUCUGAGUACGUCAGACGGUCAGACACCAUGGUGUCUACUACAUGAAUAACAGUUGGAUGAAUAAUUUUUUUUUUUCAAAUCAGUGUAAUAACUAACUGAUACGUUUUAUCAGAAUUAGAAUCCACUUUAUGAUUAUAGCUUUAUAUUAUGCACACUGUUGAAUUGUCCAGAAUGUUUGUCUGACACAGUGGAACUGCCCGGAAAUAUGUCAUCAGUUUUCAGCUGUUACAAUUGAAAUUACAGCACACAAGCAGUGCAGAAUUCAUGAAUGCUCAAUGUCUGUCAUUGCCUGUCCAGUUUUUGCUCAGAAAUUGUGCAUUGGAUCAGUUUUGUUAUGCACACUGUUGAAUUGUCCAGAAUGUUCGUCUGACACAGUGGAACUGCCCGGGAAUAUGUAAUUAGUAAACAGUGCCCUCUAUUGCCGCACCGCCUCAACUUUUUGUACCAAGGAGCAGCAAGGAAUGGGGAAGGGCACAAAGGCAAAUGAUGGAGGGCACCAA